CUACCUCCCCAUUGUGACUGGGACUGUGCCAUACGUCUGAGGGAGGGGGCUGUACCACCUAGGAUUACCACCAGGAGGAGACCGAGAGAUUGGAGCAAUACAUCAGGGAAGCAUCAUGAAACUCGCCUUGGAGGACUGGAGACAUUGGCUGGAAGGAGUACAACACCCCUUUACGGUGAUAACCGAUCACAAAAACCUGGAAUACCUCUAAACUACUAAGAGUUUGAAUUCCAGGCAGGCUCGGUGGUCACUCUUCUUCUCCCAGUUUGUUUUCCGUGUCACCUACAGACCGGGAGAGAAGAACAUAAGGGCGGACGUGCUCUCCCGGCAGUACAAUGCUGAAGCUCAAUCGACCAGCCAAGAACCAGUUCUCUCUCCCUCAUGCUUCUUCUCCUGGGAUCUAGACCGCAGCAUAGAGGCCGAUAUCCCGCGUCCACACUACCCACCAAACCGACUCUAUGUUCUGCCCAAGCACCGUGCAGCUCUCAUCACAUGGGCGCACACGUCGAUGGGAAUGGGACAUCUGGGAUCAACACCCACGGCACCAUUGUUGAGUGCACGCUACUGGUGGCUGGCGAUGCACAAAGACGUGGUCAGAUAUGUAACAUCAUGCAAAGACUGUGUUCGCAGCAAGAUGUAGCGCGCCGCAUCUGCAGAUCAUUUGCUGUACCUCUAUUCAGAAACAUACAGAAAUAUACAGAAGAGACAGGUUUACUCUUGCCAGUAGGUAUUUUCCUCAAGAUGGGCCAAGUUCUUGAUUUGAUCGAUAACCAUGACAGACCACUAAAUAUAGGCAGUGAUUGUCACUAUGCUGGCACUGGCAAAUAUAAAAAUGGCUUUACCAAGAAACAAGGAAAACGUGUCCCAAAAGCUGGAGUCAUAGCUGAGGUUGGAGUACGACGGGUUCGAGCAGAGAGGAGCAUCUUUCAAGCUGAAGCCAAAGGGCCAAAUGCUUCUGCCCAAGCUGAGGUCAAUCUGCUGGGUGCGGGUGCUGUGGCCCAGGUUGGGAUUGGAAGUACAACAAUUUCAGCUGGUCCACUCUCAAUUUCAGCUGGUCUUGAAGCGAAUAUUGGUGCACAUCUUACCCCUCAGAGCAUUCUUGAUGUGAUUGAUUACUAUGACAGGCCAGGUCGUGCAUAUGCUGAAGGACUGUAUGCCAAAACAAACACAUAUGCAUAUUUCUUUACUGACAAACCAGGACAACGCAUCCCAAAAGCUGUAGCUAUAGCUGAAGCUGGAGUAGGACGAGCUAGAGCAGAGUGGAGCAUCUUUGAAGCUGAAGCCAAAGGGCCAAACGCUUCUGCAACUGCUCAGGCUAAUAUCCUGGGAGCGAGUGCUAUGGCUCGGGCUGAGGUUGGAAGUGCAUCAGCUUCAGCUGGUCCGUUUAAACUGACUGCUGGUCUGGGAGUGGACACAGGUGUAAGAGUUGGGCUUGGUGGAGCAGAAGUUAAGUUAUUGGGUACUGGCAUUAAAGCUGAUGAAACUGGUGCUGGAGUUUCAGUGCUUGGAAGUGGAGUAAGUUGCGCAAUAAUGUAACUGAAAAACAAAGUCUUAUCAGAACUCUGUUUUUCUUGUGAAAAAGUUUGAAAUCAAUGAAGCAGGGAAUUUGAAGUGUUUGGAAGGGAUUGAUUUCAUUAUGAAUAGUUCUCAGUACAUCUAACAUUAGAGGACUG